AUGUCGCGCACACUCCCUAAAGAUCUCAACCCUUGUAUCGCCGCAGAGGUUGCUCCUGCCUAUGAGGACCUCCUCACGCGCCGUCGUCUUGGAAAAACCAAUCUCUCGGUCAAGCCUUCUCAGAUUGGAACCUCAAAUGCGACCAAACGUGAGAACCUGGGCGUGUUUGAGUACGCGCACCUGCGUGCUCCACUGCCAAAGGACCUGAAGGGCUCAGAGAUCUUUCCCUCACACAGUCUGGGGCAACAGCCCGAAACCUACUUUUUGAUGCGACGCAGCAAAGAUGGCUUUGUCAGUGCGACUGGAAUGUUCAAGAUCGCAUUCCCCUGGGCCAAGACUGAGGAGGAGAAGAGUGAGCGCGAAUACCUGAAGGCGCGCGAGCACACCAGCGAGGAGGAAGUUGCUGGCAAUGUGUGGAUCUCUCCCGCAUUUGCCCUCGAGCUUUCCAAGGAGUACAAGAUGUACGAAUGGGUGCGAGCUUUGCUAGACCCCACCGACAUUGCCCAAAGCCCUGCCAGCGCAAAGAAGCAGAUUACGCCCCCUCCCAAAUUUGAACUGCCCGCCGAUGAGCCAAUUCUCGGCCAACAGCCAACUCACCGCUACCGCAGAGGUCGCUCCGCUUCCCCCAGCAAGUCGUCUCCCCGCAAGUCUCGCACCACUCGUAUCACAAAGGAUGUCACUAGCACACCCUCCACAAGUGCCGCAAAUGCCAGCUUGCAGUCCACACUAGACAUCUCGGUCUCGGGCACAGGCCUGGAUGCGGAUGCCAUUCCCGAGCUGGGAGCCGACGUUGAGCCCGAAACCAAGUCCUCAGGAUCGCCAUCCAAGAAGCCUCGAGCCCGCAAGACCAGAGCUUCUACUGCUGAGCUUGAGGAGGAGAACCAGGAAGAGAAGAAGGAGAAAAAGGAAAAGAAGAAGGCUGAGAAGAAAGAAAAGAAAAAGGAUGAAAUUAAGGAGGAGCAAGCAGUUGAGGUUGCGGAGGUUACCGAAACCACCGAGGAUACCCAGCCAGCCCAGCCCACUGUUUCUCUCGAUCUGCCUAUCAGCCUCCCUGAAGUGCCGUCUGCUGCCGAGACUCAGGAAAUGAUUGCCAAGGCCAAGGAUAUGGUGGAGGACGCCAUUAAAUCACAAGCUAAGGGCACUCCUCUCGAGACAACUGUCACAGCGACGAAGAAGCGCAAGCCCGAAGAUGAUGACGACGAGGAGACUUCAGCGGAAUCCGCUCAGCGGGCAAAGAAGGCCAAGGUGCUCGAGAACAAGCUCAAGCAAGAGCGUGUGCGCAACCGCUCUAUGAUUGGUGUUUCCGUGGCAUUUGCUCUUGCUGCCUCGAUCCCCUACUUCUUCUAA